AUGGCUGACCCGCUGCGGCAGCGCACCGAGCGGCUGGUGGCGGACUACCUGGAGUACUGCUCCCGGGAGCCCGGCACCCCCGAGUCGCCGCCGGCCACGGCCGAGGCCGCUGUGCUGCGCGCCACCGCCGCCGGUGUACGGAAAGUCUACCGGUCCUUCUUCUCCGCCUACCUCGGCUACCCCGGGAACCGCGUCGAGCUGGUGGCGAGGAUGGCGGAGGCGCUGCUCUCCGACAGUCCCGGCCCCACCUGGGGCAACGUGGUGAUGCUUCUGGCCUUCGCGGGGACGCUGCUAGAGAGGGGGCCGCUGGUGACCGCCCGGUGGAAGAAGUGGGGCUUCCAGUCGCGGCUGAAGGAGCCGGAGGGCAACGUCUCCCGGGACUGCCAGCGCCUGGUGGGCUUGCUGAGCUCGCGGCUCGUGGGGCAGCACCGUGCCUGGCUGGAGGCUCAGGGCGGCUGGGAUGGCUUUUGUUACUUCUUCAGGACCUCCUACUCACUGGCAUUAUGGAGAAAAUUGCUGGUCCAGGUUUUCCUGUCAUGGUUGUUAACAGCAGCAUUCAUCUACUUCUGGACACGAUAAUUAGGAGUUUUAAAAUUUUUAGCCCACUUCUACCUGCCCAACUGUGACCAACUAAGUGACUGAGGGGUGAGCGCGAGAACUGAGAGAAAGCACCGGCCUCCCACCCCAGAUGUUUUUACCUGAAUGCACGCAAGGAGUCCUAAGGUGAUGAUUUGGCCAGUGUUUUAACUUGUGACAAGUACUCACAUGUGAGGACAAGAAUGCAGAUGGCUCUUCCUUGCGUGGGAGAAAUGGGGAGUCUAGCGCCUCAUUAUGCCAAAGAAUCGCAGAAGAAACUGCAUUCCAUUAAAUGGGAAAUAGGGGGCUAUUUGCUGUAACUUGGAUAAGAGUGAAUAUGAACCUCUCAUCUCCAGAACUUCAUGUGCUGCUGACUCAUUUUAAUCUUGGCCACAGCUGGGGCAACAUGAGCCCCAAAGCAGAAAAUGUCCCAGUUUAACAAGGAAUGUCACCUUAAAAUCAUUUAUAAGGAAUUCUUUGAGACCAAAUCCUUUGAAAUCUAAUUCCUGGGACUUCUAGGUUUUUAUAGUUAACAUAUUAAUUAAUAAAUUGUUAACGUCAAAGUUUUAAUAAAUUUAUAUCUUAAAAAUAGUUGGCUUUCCCGAUUCAAUAAGCCCUCAAUCUUAGGAGUAAGUUGAAUUGAUGACAAUUUGUUCUUAUUGCAUCCUUAAAUAUACAUGUAACAAUGC